GAUUCAAUUUACGUUAAAAACAAAAGAUUAAAGCAGCAAACCUGUUGCUAGAAACAAAAUGACUCAAUAAUUUUAUGAACCACCAUCAUCCAUUUAAGGCCUUUUUAUUAUUACCUGCAUACAACAAGUUUCUAAUAAGACUACUAGCAUGUAUUCGUCAACAUUUUAUGCAGAAAAUACUAAAUCUGUAACCUUGAGUUCUUUGUUGUUGAUUUUACUAUCGAUUACAACGGUAACGGAAGCAGUUUACGUCUAUGGCGAACCAAAAUAUAAAUGUCCAGCCAAACCCAAACUUAUCUAUCCCUGUCAGUGCCUUAAAGGCUCAGAUAUCGGUAUCUAUGUAACAUGUGAUAACACCAACCUGGCCACUUUAUCUGUGGCAAUGCAAAAUUUGGCUGCCCUUCAAUUGCCCGUGGAACAUUUAACUAUAAAUAAGGGACAUUUUGAGCGAGUCUAUGGACCUAUGUUUUCAAAGGUCAAAAUACGAUAUUUAACCAUAUUGGAUACACCCAUUAUGACACUGGAGGAUUAUGUGUUCUUUGGUGUAAAUAACACAUUGGAACAAUUGGAAAUGAUACAUACAAAUCUAUCGCAAAUAACACCGUUAUCAUUUGGAAUUCUGGGAAAUCUAGUCAAUUUACAAAUCGAUGGUCAUAAUUUUACCAGUUUAACUAAAAAUAUGUUUGUGGAGCAAGAAAUCUCCGGUCGUGUUGAGGUAAUGCGUAUAACAAAUGGUCCCUUAAGUGAUGUACCCAUUGAAGUAUUUCAGCCUUUGCGUAAACUGAAAACAUUGGAUCUGCAUGGCAACGAUAUUGAAAACUUGAAACGCAAUCAGUUUAAAAAUCUACGUGAAUUGGAAGUUUUGGAUAUAAGUUUUAAUAAAAUCAAAAAACUAGAAGCUCAACAUAUUGCCGAUUUGACGAAAUUGGGCUGGUGUAAUGUGUCGCAUAAUGCUUUGACUGAGUUAUCACGUGGUACUUUUGCCCGUAAUGCCGUGCUGAAGGUACUAAAUUUGUCACACAAUAAGAUACAACGUUUAGAUGCGAAUAGUUUCAGGGGUAUGAGAUUUUUAAGACGUCUUUAUAUGAGCGAUAAUCGUAUAUCAGAUGUGGGCCGUGGUACCUUCGGUUCUGUGGCACGUAUUGGCACUAUCGAUUUGGCUCGCAAUGCCUUAAAGAAAAUUGAAUAUCAAAUGUUUUCUCAAUUAAAUUAUAUUGAGAUUUUAGAUUUGGCCGAGAACAAUAUAUCGUUAAUAGAGAAAAACUCUUUUAAGGAUAUUUAUCAGGCCCUAAUAAAUAUUUCCCAUAAUGGCUUGGAGACCAUACAACCAAAAUCUUUUGAAAAUUGUGUCAAUAUUACAACACUGGACUUGUCGUUUAAUAAAUUGACAAACUUUUCGAAAAAUGUUUUCGAUGAGAACACAUUCGCCACUAUCUUUCAAUUGAGUCACAAUUUGUUGACCAAUUUAGGCCAUAUACCUCUGCAUAAUAUGACCGGUUUGAAGGUGUUAAAUGCCUCUUAUAAUAAUAUAACACAGAUACCCAAAAAUUCCUUUCCCAAACUGUAUGAGCUGCACACCAUUGAUUUGAGUCACAAUAAUAUUUCCACAAUAUUUAAUGCUGUCUUUCAAAGUUUAUUUUCUUUGCGUACCAUUGAUCUUUCCUACAACAAUCUGCAGGAAGUAAAAUCCUCAAUGUUUGGCACCUUGCCCACACUUCUAAGCUUGAAUUUAAGUAAUAAUAAUUUGAAUAAUAUUAUACGUGGUGCUUUAGUCAAGCUGACCAGUUUGAGAUUUUUGAAUUUAAAUCACAAUAGCAUAACGAAAAUUUUCCAAAUUCCCAUAUCGCUGAAUGAAUUGUAUAUGAGCGAUAAUCAAAUUGAGGCAAUACCAGCUGGUACCUGGCCAGUGAUGAAUUCAUUAUUGUAUUUGGAUUUAAGCAAGAAUCUUUUGGGAGAUUCUCUGGAACGGCAUAGUUUUACGGGUCUACUGGUGUUGCAGAAAUUGUUGUUGCAAGAGAAUGGUAUUACCAGGCCGCCGCAAGAAUGUUUGGCGGGUAUGUCCACAUUGCAGUAUUUAUAUUUGCAGAAUAACAACAUAACUGUAUUGGAGAAAAGUGCUUUUGGUAAAUUGCCAGUAUUAUUUGAGCUGAAUUUGUACGGAAACGGUGUUAAAGAAAUCAACAAGCGUUCAUUUGAUGGUCUAUUGCAAUUGUUAAAUUUGAAUUUGUCCUCAAAUGUUUUGCACAACAUUCCCACGGAAGCUUUUGUAGGAUUACCCUCGUUGCGUAAACUGGAUUUAUCCCAUAAUUUCUUAACCAAACUGGACAAUAAAACCCAUGGCGUGCUAGAUGAUUUAUUAAGUUUGGAAGAUCUAAAUUUAAGUUACAACAAAAUCAGUUUUGUUACCAAGAAAACAUUUCCCGAAAAUCCUUAUAUACCCUACAAUCUAAAGUAUGUGGAUUUAAGUUACAAUCAAAUGCCCGUCUUAACCUAUGACAUCACGUUUGGCACCAAGAAAGUUUUGAAAUUGAAUUUAUCCUACAACAGCAUCAAUGAAUUGCGUCGCGGUGUUUUGGGCAAUUUCACACGUCUGCAAUAUUUGGAUCUUUCCAACAAUGAAUUGAGCAAUUUACAGUCCGAGGAACAUACUUUUGAUUUGCCACAAAAUCUAACUACCAUUUUGUUGAAUAAUAAUCAAAUUUACAAAUUAAAUUUUACGAAAUUCAUAAAGGAGGACAAAUUUAAGUUGAUUGAUUUAAGAAAUAAUAGUUUAACCGAGUUUCCCCUGACCCUAGUGUGGAAUGUAAGGAAUGGCACUGAUGUCAAAUAUGCCGGCAAUCCCCUGAAUUGCAAUUGUGCGGCCAGGCCUUUAAAACACUACAUCAUGCAAUUGGCCAGUUUGAAUGAGGAUUUAAGUUAUAUAGCCUGCAAUACACCGCUAUUCAAUAGGGAUCUCUAUUUGCAAUAUGUGGAUGAUCAGGCCUUGCAAUGUACCACGGAAGAAGAAAGGGAAAUGUUUACAGGUGUGGACUAUGACAAACUGUCCGAUGUGCGUUUUAGAGAUAUUAUAGUCAAAAACAAUAAUGUCAGCAUACGCUGGUUUGUGGUUACCGCCCGCGAUGUGGCAGAUUUUAUGGUCUACAUACGAGAUCCUGACAAUAAUAUUUUGUAUCAAGAAGAGUUUAACUACAAUGUACGCAAGGCUGAGAUACCCACUGUACUAUUCAAGACUCCUCAGGAAAUCCCCAAAGAAAUUUGUAUAAUUUCAAAAAAUAGUAAUGGCAUUACGGGCAAUUGGUUCCAUGCUCAAUGCGAAAAACUGCCCACCAUAAAGGAAAAACGUAACUUUUUCUUCUUUGGCUCCUCAUCCAGUUCCACAUCCGCACAGCGCUCCAGUUUGUUAAUCGAUGUCAGAGAAAUGGUUGUGUUUUUAAAUUUAUUUUUAAUUGCACUCAAAGUGUAUUUGUUGUAAGACUAAAGACUAGUGGAAAUUUGUAUUACAAAUAAUAAUAAUAACAAUAAUACUCCUAAAAGUAAUUUACUGCCAUUAAGUACCUUAAUUUCAUAUACAUAUUUUAAUAAAAUGUUAUAUUUAAAAUUCAAAAUUUUGCCAAAAUAUAA